GGGCCAACACCACCAAACACCAACAGCAACACCAACAACGGCGGAGCUGCCAAAGAAAGCAAACCAGAGGAGAGAAGAGAGGAGGGGUUGGCUGGCUGGCCCUGGCCGUCGUCCGCCGGUAGCUCGUGGUCGCUCGCUCGCUCCAUCAUUCCUCCCUCUCCGCCGGCGUGCCCGCCCGCCCACAUGACGGAGUCAGAGGGCGAGGCGGAGGCGGCGCGCGCGGCCGUGCUGACGCCGCCGCUGUCGCUGGGGGCCGGCGGGCUCGCGGGGGAGCUCCGCCCGGCCAACCUCGGCCAGCGGGUGCUCAGCCUGUUCCGCAACGUCCGCCCGGGCUCCGACCUCUCCCACUUCCAGCUGCCGGCGACGUUCAACCUGCCCAAGUCGCAGCUGCAGCUGUACGGCGAGGCCGUGUACUGCGGCGGCGAGGACAUGCUGGCGCGGUGCGCGCGCGGCGCCGACAGCCUGCAGCGCAUGUGCGCCGUGGUGGCGUGGAGCAUCUCCACCACGCGGCCCCCCAUCUUCGGCUUCGCGCCCUACAACCCGGUGCUCGGGGAGACGCACCACGUCUCCACGUCCGCCGGCCUCAACGUGCUCCUGGAGCAGGUCUCGCACCGGCCGCCCGUGACGGCGCUGCACGCGACGCACGCGCGUGGGGAGGUGGAGCUGGUGUGGUGCCAGAGCCCCGCGCCGCGGUUCCACGGCGCCAGCGUGGAGGCCGCGGUGCGGGGCGCGCGGGAGCUGCGGCUGCCGCGCCACGCCGAGACGUACGCCGUCGGGUGCCCGGGCCUCGUGAUCCGCCUGCUGCCGUCGCCGGGCUGCGAGUGGGCCGGCGACGUCCGCGUCUCCUGCGCCGAGUCCGGGCUCGAGGCCACGCUCAGCUACCGCCGCAGCCGCCGCUCCUUCCUCGGCCUCGGCGGCGGCGACGCGCGCUGCGUCAGGGGCAGGGUCUUCCGCUCCGCCGCGCCCGACGACACGCUGUGCGAGGUGGACGGGUUCUGGGACCGCCAGGUCUCGCUCAGGGACGUCGCCACCGGCGAGGUCUCCGUGCUCUACGACGCACGGCAAACCAUCGCUGACCUGGCCACGCCCGUCGUGCAAGACAGAAAGGGCGUGUCCGCCUCGGAGUCCGCCGUGGUCUGGGCCGAGGUCAGCGCCGCGAUCCUGAACAAGGACUGGGAGGCGGCCAGGCAGGCGAAGCGGCGGGUGGAGGAGACGGCGAGGCGGCUCGCCAAGGAGAGGAACGAGCGGGGGGAGGUGUGGACUCCCAGCCACUUCUCGCUGUGGCAGAACAAGCACGGCGACUGGGAGUGCUGGCCGCUGGAGGACUCCGUGCCGCCGGCUCCUAUUGUCGUCCCCUCUCCUUUGUGACUCCAAGUCCACUAGCAGCAGAUCUUUGUUCACUGAUAACAUACGACGAACGAACGUGAACGUCGAAUACAUCUUUCUUCUAGCUUCGUCGCCUUGAGAAUGCUGUUAUGCAUGCAUAGUAAGAAAAAAAAUUAGUGCA